CAUACUACACACCCCCAGACUUGAUGAUAAUCACAGCUCCAAAACUUCACACUGGCUUCAUUUUGAUGUCCUAACACUAUGGUGAAAAGCGAAGUAGAGACGACUGCUACGUUGGCAAAUAGGUCUAGUCCAGCCAAAAAGAAGAAAAACAAGAAGAAGAAGAAUAAGCCUGGCAAGUACAGUGUGCUUGUAAUAGACGCCGUCAAAACAUUGAAUGAGAGAAACGGCUCGUCCUUGGUAAAAAUCUACAAUGAAGCCAAGAAGGCGAGCUGGUUCGACGAGCAGAACGGGCGUACCUACCUUCGGUAUUCCAUCCGAGCACUGGUGCUUAACAACACGUUGAUCCAAGUAAAGGGUAUGGGAGCGAACGGUUCGUUCAAGCUCAAUAAAGAUAAGUUUACGAAAGGGACACAGAAAAAGACUCUGUCCACGCCAGGCAAAAUCACUAAGAAAACUGUUAAAUCACCGACUAAGAAGAAGCCAACCGUAGCAAAGCCUAAGGCGAAGAGUAGCCCUUUAAAGGCUCCUGCAAAGAAGACAGCUACGAAGAAGACCACGUCUAAACCGAAGAAUCUGGGUGCCAAGAAGGUGAGCACUGCACCGAAGAGCAAGACGCCGAGGACACAGAGGACCACCAAGACACAGAGGAAGAAGUAGCUCGCUAUUGUAUAAUUUUGGAGAUGUUUAAAAAAAACUUUUAGUUUAUUAUAGGUUUAGUUUAAUUGUGUAAUCAACGGCUUAUAGGCCACACAUUUGUUUAGCAGAAUGACAGGGGUGUAUUCAUUUCGCCAAACAAUCGUUCAUUCAUCCAAACAAAGCAACAUUUUUGAAAGAUUCCUAAUUGACAAAUUCAGUUAGUUAAUUCCCAUCACAUUUCUUUGACAAAACGUGCAACUAAAAUGAAUACACCCCGGGCAAAAUGUCAUCGCUACUUUGCCUGAAAGAUUCCCUGCUUCAAAUUUACGAACGUUUUUCGCCCUACUAAUUUUCCCGUAAUAGUUAAUGCAGAUUGUAUCCUUUCAUUCUUUUAAUUUGCUGACUACAUUGCAUAUUUGUCAUUCAAAUGAACUGAUCUGAUGGUUUAAAAUCACAUAUUCAAUACAGUCUCACACAGACUAACUCAUCUCAUUAUAUAAUACUCACCAUCCAUUGCAUAUAAAAGUCAACUACAUGGAUUUGAUGUAUUCUUCUGUAUCAGUAGCAGUACCUUUAUACCAGGGAAAGCUCUGGGUAUGUGCCAAAUAAAGGCAUGUUUUAUUCUGUAAAUUACUUUUUCACAAUGUUUGCAUUGUAUGGCUCAAACAUUACCAUGUUUAUUGGAAGCAGGGAAAAUGAGUUUCCCAUUAGUAAUUACUAGUUUGAGGGUGGUUUGGAUAUAUUAUUUCCCAUCACAUUUGGUAAAUUCAUUGCCUGAACAUGUUUCCAUGGCUAUAUUAUGGACACUCAGUCACCUGAGAACAUUUUCUCUACAGGCCAAAAUGUUUAAUAACUGUAUGUUUAAAUGUACUUUACUGCUUGUCCAUUCCUGUUUGAGUGGAUAUUUUUUCUCGGGUAUACACCCUACUUAUAAGUUUAUUCAACAUUUUGCAUUUGUUGAUGUUGUAUUUUGAGCCGUAUGUACAAAAUAAAAUAUUCUACAUUAAA